AUGAGAUCAGUUCUUACCAAAGAAAUCAUAAGAAGGCGAUUCGGUGAGCCUGUGUCUCUCAAAUCAAAAAAAGAAAGCUUCUGCUCCUCCAUCAACCAUCAGUUCCACAUUUCGGCAGUGAACAACUUUGCAGCGAAGAAUGUUCCCAAUCCAUGCAAGCACAGCUCGUUUCCAGACCCGUACAUAUCAUACAUACAAUUCCUUGCGUGGCAGAGCAAUACGGUUGCUGAAAUGAACAGGAAUGUGUGGAUGCAGUUUUGGAUUGCUGUUGAUGCGUGUGAUUUUGUCUGUGUUGUUGUUGAUAGCAGGAACGUAGACUUCUUUUUUGAAGAAGAGUUACUUGAGAUGGGAAAGCCAGUGAUUCUGAUCAUUAACAAGUAUGACUUGCUGAAUGAAAGCGUUACGAGUGGUGAAGAUAGCAGCAAAAGGACGAGAACAUACGGAGACCGUAUUUUUAAGACAUUUAAGUUUUCUAACGUUGAUAAACAUGUCAACAAUGAGUUCUUGGAAUUUCUCAGAUCACAGGAUAAUAAGAGGUACGCCAUGAUAGGUUAUCCGAAUGUGGGAAAGAGCACCUUAAUCAAGACAAUAUCUAACCAUGUUAAGAUAAAGAUAAGCAACACGCCAGGAAAAACCAAAUUUGUGCAGUCAUACCAGUUCACCGGCACACUCUUUCUUGAUGUGCCAGGAUUGGUGUUUAAAAGGCAUUCCAGAGAAGAACUGCUUAUUUAUAAUAUAAUCAAUGUUGAUCAAAGCAAAAUAAAUUACGAAGGGCUUUUCAUGCUGCUAUUGCAAAAAAUAAGCCGUAAACAAAUGUGUGAACAUUUCAAGAUCAAGCCACUAAGCAACAGAUGCACGUUGGAUGACCUGCUAGCAGAGAUAGAAAGGCAAAGAAAAUGGUCAAAAGAACGAUUCUUCAGACAAUUGCUGAAAGAUUUCUUUGAUGGCAGGAUAAAGCAAUGAGUUGUAUGCAAAGAAUGCAGCGGUACAUGUUAUCGAUCAUUACGGUUAUAUACCACAGCAUUUCUACGGUGUAUCGUUCAAAUUUUCAUUUCGAUAAAAUAUUUGCUAUUUUUAGCUGAUUUGUGCGUUUCUAACAACAUAUUUGUCUGGGAGGAAUAGUUGAUCAUUAUCACCUGCUGUUUCGCACAAUAUGCACAGAUUGCUCCAUUUGCCAUUCUUGAAACUUAGUACCAAUACGUACGCUGGUUGCUAAAUUAUUGGUGUGCAUCAUUUGGAUGUGCAAUAUGCACAGCAAAAGCAUGCACAACAAUUGGAAGGUAUCACUGGUGAACAAAUCACGAAUAAUAUCGGUAAAAAAUCUUAAACUAAUGGUAGAGAACCACAUGUGUGCAUUUCAUUAUUAAUCUAAAAAUUGGAUUAUUCAUCAUAAGCUGUAAAUGGAACAUCACAUUUUGUUUUAUUAACGUAAAUAUCAUUUUCUAUUAAUUUUGUUCUUGAUGGUAGCCUGGAGCGUGAUUGCGAAUGUGUUUGCUUGCCGAGAGCUAUAUUUUUAUGUAGUGAGUAAGUGCAGGUAAAAGUGUUCGAUCUGCAGUUCUUUUAAGCAUUUAAUUCGUUCGUUACGAAUAUUACGACAUGCUGUGUGGUUAGUGGAAGUAUCACCAUUCAAAACUCGAAAACUUGCAGAUGUAAACAACAGACAGGGUUAGCGAUGCAAGUGCAUUUAAUAGCAUUAUCUGGUACUUUACAAACAACACCAUCUAAUUUUAUCAAACAUACCUUCUUAGUUUGUUAGAAACAGCCAUAAAUAUAUUAGUAUUAUGAAAGACCUCAGCACACCAAUCAGCACUAAAACUCAGUAAACACUUGAGCAAUACCUUUACGGGCAUCCUCACAACAAUAGAAAAGCAUGCUGCAACCGCAGCGGUGACCUUAACGUUCAAGCCGUGACUUGCACCACAUCCUCCGACCAGGAACACUUUGAGAAACCCUUCUUCUUGAGAUUUUACAGAUGAAAUAACUCCAGAAAACUUGAAACUAGCCGAGAAAACGUGUUCAAAAUUUGGCCUAUCACUGGUAUGUCCAGAUGGUGUGCCAUGCCGAAGCAUCCUUGGAAUCACCCCUUUUACCGAUGGCUAGUUCACUGAAGUAGCUUCAUCGUGCCUCUUCGAUAUUCUUGUGCUAAACACGGGCUCACUGCAGCAUUUGUCGUAUAUUAGACGAGCACCCGCACUCAUUCUGCUGGAGAUGGUCCCAGAUACGUAGAAUAGAAAUAUUUUAUUUACAAUCCUCUGUUUGGCAUUUGAACCAGUCGAAAGUAUUGUUUUAGAUCGUGGUCAUCGCACGUUAUUUUAUGAAAACCUUCUGAUUUAAAAUCCAACGUGAUGCAACUGUUUAGCCCAUUCAUAAUCUUAUGUAAUCCGAAUGGUCUUUUUACCACUUUAAACCUUUGGUUUAAUCCUCCAUGUUUAAAAUCUGUGUAAUACAAACGACCCAUGGCUUCAUCAAGCUCCCAAAUUACACCAUGUUUUGUUAGAACGGUGAUGAAGUCAUCUCUACUCAGUCCUGCAAAUUCUAGCAUAAAAACAUCGGCAAAUUGUUCCUCAACGAGUGUGAGCUCUUUAGCCUGGUUUUCGCCAACGAAGAAAUCAGGAACAGCCAUGCUUUGUAAUUUGAAAUAUUCCGAAACGACAGGGAGUAUGAAUAAGAGCAUGUAUUUUUGAAUGCAAUUUUUUAUAUACAUGAGAUGAAACUUAACGGAUGAAUUACAGCUUGUAAUGAUAGAUUAUCGCUGUUAUAAAAGCGAAAUUUAAAAAAGUAAUAGCUGUAACAAAAUGGCAUGUGUGACAAAAUAAAUUUGAAUUUUGU